GUCGGCGGUAUGGAAUCGCAGCAGCAAUUGCAAGUGCCGGUACCCACGUCGAGAAAUCGUCUGAAAGGAAGACUGAACGCCAAAGGCAUGCCGAGUAUGCCGAUGGUAGGCGUAGCGAACAUGCGCGGGACCCGCGGUGUCACACCUCAGGGUAAUAUCGGUGACCUCAAUAAAAGGAUCACCGAUCUGAAAAUGGAGAGUGGCGGUGGCCAGACGCGGCAGACAAGUCUGUCUGAUCUUCAGCUGAGGCUGCAGCCGUUCGGCGAGCCGCGAAGGGACAGCAACAGCACCGUCAGCACUUAUUACGGUAGCAUGCGAUCGACGGAUUUCAGUAGCAGAAGGAGCAGCCAGGCGAGCGUCAUUAACGCCGUUAGAAUGGGCCCAGGACCGGAAAGUUUGUACGAUCCGAUCAGUCCGGGUACGUCUAGACGAAGCAGCCAGAUGAGCACCACUUCCAGCAGGAUCGAUCAAAGUCAUCUUCAGGGACCUUAUUCGACAAAUAAUCUCGUCGUUCAAACUCAGAAUAUGUCUCUUCAGAGCAUUCAGGCGGUGCCGAGCGACUGGAAUAAUCCGAGCGGUCAUUGUACUCAACCAUCGAGUGAUCGACGAAUGUCCGAACCUAUUCGCAGUAACCCAGUCCAAAGGACUUCUCCUCCGAUUCCGCCGAGGCCGAGAUCGGCACAGCUGCCCGAGCUUCAACCUGAGCUUCAUCCCAAUCAGGAGGUGAUUCUGGACGAGGUGGGCGAAGGUGAAAUGGUGGAGAACAAACUAGUUAUUCCCGACGAAAUGAUGCAGUAUUUGAAUCAGGUUCAAGCGGGUGGAAAUCAAGUCAGCUAUCGCGGCAGUCCUCUACCGAUAUGCCAGUCACCGAUAUGCACGAAUCCUUUGCAUUAUCAGCGACAGGUGCAGCCUACAUGUAAUUACAAUCAGUCACAUCAGCAGAACUGUUAUUCGUCUCAGCAAGUGGCACAACAACCCUGUCCGAACUAUCAGAAUUCCUCGUCUGCGUCUUACGGCCAAUGCCCGAAUUCACGCGCGACUCAAUCUUCAUCGCAGUAUUGCCCGCCGCCGAAUUACGGGUCUCAAGCGACCGGCGGACAAGUGGCAAGCCCGGCCGCGGGUCAAGUCAUGUCACCAAGUUCCCAUUACGCCUCGGCACACUUGAGCGAUCAGCCGUUGACAUCCCCCGCGGCUGGCGCGCUGGCGCCACAGCACGCGCCGCAAAAUCUGCCCCAAAACUCCGCACAGCUCUCCAGAAAUUGUCCUCAGAGCCACGCACACCAUGCUUACUAUCCGAGUUACGGUUGCGCGGCUCAAAUGAACGCGAAUUGCAACGGCACCGGCGGCCAAGCCAGUGGUCAUCAUUCUAAUCAGACUUGCACACCGUCGAAUCACACUGUACAGAUGCAGCUAACGAACAACUGUCAGCAACUGUCGCCGCAUUGCACUCAGCAAACCGCGCCCAUGCCCAAUCCGUCGACUAUUCCUCAUCCGAGCGCUCAGUGCAACCCGUCCGGUCAAUGCACGAGACCUAUCGCAACGUCCAACGGUCAGAUAUCCAACGUACAUUCUGCCCAACAAUCUCCGGUGACUAAUCAGUGCAGUCCGAUGUCACCCCAUUGCCCUCAAUUGAACCAUGCGAAUCAAAGCAAACCGAUGAACACCCUUGCGACGAAUAUUCAAAGUUGUCCACAGCAGACUCAACAAGCGGCCACAGCGUCCUGCCUGGUCAACAACUGUAAUCAUCCCGGUGGUGCGCAUCGUCAGGUCAACGACGACGGC